UCAGGGCAAACCCAUCUGAGGCUCGGUCAUUGAUUGGCAGCGCUCCUGUACUUCUCGCUUCACCGCUCUCUUGGUUCUUCUUCUCCCUCGACUUUGAGCUUCGCCGCCGAGCAGAACGCUGCCUGCCAGCCUCUCUUCCGAUCUUCUCCUCCUCCAUGGACCAUCGUAGUUAGAGGCAGUUGGCGCCUAAAAGUGAGAGGCCUUCCUUUUUGACGAUGGAAAAGGGGAAGCUUUUUAUGAUCGAAGUUCCGUGAUUUUUCAACUGUUUUGAUUGCGAUGGAGGAAGCUCAGUUGGAAACUUCAACACCCUCAGAAAUUCUAGGUUUUCCUCGUUACCGUCGAUCACAUUUGAAGAGUGGAACUUUCCAUACCCUGGUUCGUAUCCUGUCCCACUGCAGCAGCGAGUGCUGUCUACGUGGCACCAAUGGAAUUCAUGCUGCUUCUCAAGGGCUAAAAAAUCAUGACAAUGGCACCGAUAUAUUGCGGCAAGAAUGCCAGGAAAAGGAGCCUGAGAACCUGCAAUUCUCUGCUACUGAUCUUAUGAAUCUCAAGCAUCCUGCAUCCGAUGAAGAAAUACAGGUUCAUGAGAGCUCUGAUGGUAGGGAGUUUACGGUGGUUGUAGAGGAAAAUGUAGGCUCUUCUGGAAGGCAGGAUGUGAUGAUUUGUGAAAGAGAGAAUGGUGAGGCCCUGCCUAUGGAAACUAAUGAUUUGAAUAAGGAACGGAAGAAAAUAGAAGAGUUAAAUCAGACAGUGAAAGGAACUGAAAACCUUGUUGACAAUGGCUUGACUCCCUUGAACUUGGGAUUAGGUGAAAACCAGAAUGGAAGCAGUGACGAUGAUUUGAUGGAUUACCAAGUAGAGUACGUUGAAUUUAGAGGAUUCAAUAUCAACAUGUCUGGAACUGAAAGUGAGUUAUAUACAGAAGGAGAAUUUAAUCAAAAUAUCUCUGAAGGCUUUGAUGCAUCUUUAAUUGCUAACAUUUCAACGUCUGCAAAGAAAGAAACCUCGAUGCCCAUAAUUGGUACGUCAAGUACAAAGCAUGAGGGACACCAAAAGAAAUGGAAUUGGUGAAACCACUUUGCGCUGCAAUGGUUUCUCCUCCUAUUAUUGAAGAAGGUGAGUUUGAGAAGGAAGAACUUGGUCAAAAGAUUCAUGUAGGAACACACCUUUCUCUAGAUGAUGGUAUGGAAAAUAGUGAACCGUUGAAUUUGAGUAUUGAACUUGAGAGAAUACAAAAGGAAAUGGAAUUGGUGAGACCUGUUUCUGCUACAGUUGUUUCUCUUCCUGCUACUGAGGAGGGUAACUUUGAGAAGAAAGAACAACAUGGUCAAAAUGUACCCGAGGCUAUGCAAUUUUUGGUUGAUCAGGGUACGAAUAAUAAAGAAUCAAAUUCAAGUAUAGAGGAUGAGAAACAAAAAAGGGAAAUAGACUCAGCAAUACCAGUUUGUGCUGCAACGAUUUCUCUUCCUACUUCUGAAGAGGGUGAGUUUGAGAAGGAAGAACAACACAGUCAAAAGGCUUCUGAAGCAAUGCAUGUUUCGGUAGAUCAGGCUAUGAAUAGUGAAGCAUUGAUUUCAAGUAUAAAGCUCAAUAGACAACAAAAGGAAAUGGCAGUGUUGAAACCUGUUUCGGCUGCAAUUAUUUCUCUUCCUAAUACUGAAGAGGGGGAGUUUAAGAAGGAUGAACAACAGGGUCAAAAGGUUCAUGAAUCAAUGCAAUUUCCCGUAGAUCAGGAUAUGAAUAAUGACACAUCAAAUUCACAUAUAAAGCAUAAUAAACAACAAAAGGAAUUAGGCUCAGUGAAACCAGUUGGUGCUGCAAUGGUUUCUCUCCCUACUACCAACGAGGUUGAUUUUGAGAAGGAAGAACAUGGUCAAAAGGUUCCUGAGGUAAUGCAAUUUUCUUUUGUGGGUAUGAAUAAUAAAGCAUCAAAUGCAAAUCUAAAGCAUGAGAAACAACAAGAGGAAAUGGACUCGGCGAAGCCAGUCUGUGCUGUAACUGUUUCUCUUCAUACUACCAAAGAAGGUGAGUUUGAGAAGGAAGAACAACAUGGUCAAAAGGCUCCUGAAGCAAUGCAACUUCCUGUAGAUCAGGGUAUGGAUAGCGAACUAUUGAUUUUAAAAAGAAAGCCUAAAAGACAACAAAAUGAAAUGGAAUUGGGGAGACCUGCCUGUGCUGCAGUUGUUUCUCUUCUUGAUAUUGAAAAGGAUGAACUUGAGGAGGAAGAACAUAAUAGUAGUGAUGCGUCCAAGCUCACUAAGACAUAUGUAAGGAAGAGUAAGAAGAGGGGUUUGGGCCAGUUGGGCUUGGACCCAUCAGGUAGAAAGGUCCCUGAAGCAAUUCACUUGUCUGCAAAUCAGGGUAUGAAUGGUGAAACAUUGAACUUGGGCGGAGACAGUGAAGAGAUGUCAUCAAUGGACAUUGAUAUUUUGGAUGCUAAACAUAUAAUGCAGCAUGAAGAAAAGCAGCCAGACAAAAUAACUUGUGCAAAUGAUGCAACAUUUUCCGAUCAUCCAGAUAAGGAAGAAGACAUUGAAGAGGGAGAAAUUUCAGGUGACUUUAGAAUGGAUGAGAAUUCAAUUGAUGUAUCUUCUGUAGAUUCUUUGUUGAUAGAACAGAGAAAACAUUAUGUACAAAAGCCCAAACAUAUUGAAAAUAUAGUAUUUCCUUUUAAUAAACAGAAAGAAGAAAAAGAAAAAGAAUACAAAUCAACUCAAGAUGCUUGUAACAGUGGACUUAUGGAACCUAGGAAAAGUGAUAAAAAUUAUUUUCCAAAUGGAGUUGAUCUUGGAAUGUCUCGGGAAAUUAUUGAUUAUAGAGAUUUAGUGGAGCAUGGUUCUGUGGUGAUUGGAAAAAGUGAAGACCGUGGAAUUAAAGGGGUUGUUGGCUUGCCACCAACUUUUUCUAACAAAAAAGUCUUGCCUAAAGUUGUUUUGGAAGAAGCCACUGAAGAUCAUCAAGACACAUCUGCAGUAAAGAAAGCCGGCAUCAGUUGUAAGAAAAAACGUGGUCCUGUUACUGAGGAAAGGAAGGCUAAAAAGAAGGAAAAGAAAAGAAAGAAGAGGGCAGAAAAGAACAGAAAACUUGGUGUUAAAAGGUUGAAGUUGCAGCCAGUACAGAAACCAAAAACUAUCACAUAUUGCCGCCAUUAUAUGCAGGGAAGGUGCCACGAGGGUGACAAGUGCAAGUUCUCACAUGACAUAGUGCCCCUGACGAAAUCAACGCCAUGCUGUCAUUUUGCUCGUCACUCUUGCAUGAAAGGUGAUCAUUGUCCAUUUGAUCAUGACCUCUCCAAGUAUCCUUGUAGCAAUGUUGUGACAAGAGGUUCUUGCAGCAGAGGAAAUGCUUGUAUGUUUUCACACCAGAUACCAACUAAGCAAGAUGUUGUUACAUCUUCAAAUGAUGGCAAGCCUGAGUUGAAGCCUAAACUAGGAGGAAAUACAAAAUUGAGCAAGUCACCGAACAUCAGCAGCAGCAGUGGUUCCCAGUUCAAACAGAUCUCUGAUUCAAAAGGCAUUCAAUGUCACAUCAAUUCAGAAAAAGAGGUGGCAGACACUGUAAAGAAACUACGGACAGUGCCCCCUAAAGGGAUUAGUUUCAUCAAUGUUUCAAAAUCAUCGUCUCCAAAACAAGGGAUGGUAACACCAAACAAGGAAAGUUCUGUUCAAAUUGGGAACCUUACUGGCCAAAGUGCAUCUGGUGCAGCUUUAAACUCGGAGAAUCCUGAGAAAACGCCAGUGGUGGCACCUAAGGGAAUUAACUUCCUUUCAUUUGGAAAAGGUCGUGUUUCCAGUUUCAAAAGUACUGUUUGCUCCUUUUUGGAUAAGGAAAAUGGUAUCAGGUUGUCUCACAAAGAAAAUUUAGGUACGCCUGAUCAUGCAUCUCUGGAGAAGGAUGAUUGCGGUAAAGUUGGCAGUGGGACAAAGCAAAGUAUGCUGCAGACUGCUCUGCGCUCAAAUGAGAUUUUAAAGCAAAAUCAAUGUAUAGCUGAGGGAAUGAAUUUGGAUUUUCGAGGAAAAGCUUCUAUAGAUCAUUAUGGCAGUGAUGUGCAAUUUAGCUCAACCUCUCAUCAGGAUCACAGUCUUAGUAGAUCAGUGCAAAAGGGAGCAAAGGCAUAUACUCCUCAGACCUCAACCGUUACCUCAUCCAUGCUUCCAACUUCUCCAUUGCUUUCAGGCCAAUCAUCAGAACGCCUAGCAUCUGGGCAUCAUAAGCACGUACUUAACUCGGCCCAAAGGGCACUGUUAUCAACUCUAUCAUUUGCAGCAGAGCACGAGUCCAAUAUUAAGCUAAAAUUCCCUGUUGGUGCAUCAGCUGUGAAAUUAGAGAUGAACAAGGAUGUACAGCAGUUCAUACAUCCAAAAAUGUCAGGUAGUUUAUGAUUGCAAGCCACCUAGCGCAUGGGGAAUUACAGCCCCUUUGAGUUGAGCGGAAGAUAAUCUGAAGGUUGUUGAGUGCUGUCUUCCCCUGUAAUAUUUUCUUGCAGCUGUAUUGCAGGGCUCGCAGAUCCUUGUGACGACAAAUUUGAUGAGCAAUUACCUCCACUCUUCAAACAUGAGAUGAAUGGAAAUAGAUGGAAAAAAAAAGAAGUACAGAUUCUGAACGAGGUGGUGAUAAUGAGGGCACAAUGAAGGCAAUUUGAAAAUGGAUAUAGGUUGAUGAAGAGAAGGUGAAACCAUCCGCAAUAUAUUCGAUUAUGCGAAAAUGGCGCAUUUGAGAGACACUGCGUUUAUGUCAAAAGAAGUUUGUGAAAUGAGUUGAAAGGGAUGGCAAUGAUCCAGUGAAGCUGACUGAGAUAUUCUCGCAUUUCAAAAAAAUUGCCACGAAUCUGGAAACCGAUAAAGGCAAAGCACAGUACUUUUAUUCUAGGAAUAAAAUGGAUUAAUUGGCUUAGUGUUAACUGCAGAUUAUUAUUUUUCCUGUAUACGAGUUUACAUCUUGUGGCUUAGCCCGAGUCUGUCUUGUAUAUUUUGUGGCUGGUUUAUGCUUUUCUUUUGUGCAGCCAGCUCCUCUUUGUACAGCAUUUUUGGUUAAUGGAAUCUUUUUCACAUUCCAAAAAAAGAAAAAUAAAAUCUUGAGUUGACAUCUAGUAAA